GAGGCGCGCUCGCCCCCUAUAUCCCCCCGCGCAUGCGCCUGCUUGCCUCCUCGCCAGACCUCGCGCACUUGCACCGCUGCGCGCGCGCUCACACGUACGUAUGAGGCGCGGCAGAUCAGCUCAGCUCAGUAAGAUCGAUCAACCGGUCGACAGACGCAUGGUGACCAUGCCGGCACACGGCGGCGCCUCGGUGGUGGCGGAGCUGGAGGGCGCGCUGCUGCGCGACGCCUGCACGUUCCCCUACUUCAUGCUCGUGGCCUUCGAGGCGUCGGGCCUGCCGCGGUUCGCGGCGCUGCUGGCGCUCUGGCCGGCGCUGCGGCUGCUGGAGCUGCUGCUGGGGCGGGGCGGCCUCGCGCUGCGCUGCGCGGCGUUCGUGGCCACGGCGGGGGUGCCGCGGGCCGAGCUGGAGGCCGUGGCGCGCGCCGUGCUGCCCAAGUUCAUGGCCGACGACGUCGACCCGGCCGCGUGGGCGGCCUUCGGGGCGUGCGAGGGCAGGCGCGUCGUGGUGACCCGCAUGCCCCGGGUCAUGGUCGAGUGGUUCGCCAGGGAGCACCUCGGUGCGCACGACGUCGUCGGCUGCGACCUCGAGUACAGCCGGCUCAGGCGAUGCACCGGGCUCGUCAAGGGCGGCGGUGACGAGGUCAUCGCCUACCGCGUGCGCUCGCUUUUCCCGGACGGCGAACGGCCGGACCUCGGUCUGGGCCGCUCGGAAAUGGCGCGAACCUUGUUGCCCUUCUGCAAGGAGCAUCUACAGCCGCCGCCGUCCGUGGACGACGACGUGGCGAACCGACCGAAGUGCGCGCCGUUUAGGCCUGUCAUCUUCCACGACGGCCGGCUGGUGCGCAGGCCGACGGCUCUCAUGUCCCUCGCCAUCCUCCUCUGGAUCCCCCUCGGCGUCCUCCUCGCCGUCGUCCGCAUCACGCUCGGCAUCGUCCUCCCCAUCCAGGCCCUCCCCUACGUCGCCCCCUUCGUCGGCGGCGCCGUCAUCACGCGCGGCCGGCCCCCCGCCCCGACAACCGGAGCCAGCGGCUCGCCCGCCGGCGUCCUCUUCGUGUGCACGCACCGCACGCUCAUGGACCCGGUGGCGCUCUCGUUCGUGCUCGGCCGGCGCGUGGCCGCCGUGACCUACUCCCUCUCCCGGCUCUCGGAGGUCCUGUCGCCGAUCCCGACGGUGCGGCUGACGCGGGACCGCGACACGGACGCGGCGCGGAUGCGGGCGGAGCUGGCGCGCGGCGACGUGGCGGUGUGCCCCGAGGGCACGACGUGCCGGGAGCCCUUCCUGCUCCGGUUCUCGGCGCUGUUCGCGGAGCUGAGCGACCGGAUCGUGCCGGUGGCGACCAACUACCGCGUGGGGCUGUUCCACCCGACGACGGCGAGGGGGUGGAAGGCCAUGGACCCCAUCUUCUUCUUCAUGAACCCGAGGCCAGUGUACGAGGUGACGUUCCUGAACCAGCUCCCCGCCGAGGCGACGUGCGCCGCCGGGAAGAGCGCCGUCGACGUCGCCAACUACGUGCAGAGGAUCCUCGCGGCCACGCUGGGGUUCGAGUGCACCACCUUCACCCGCAAGGACAAGUACCGGGUGCUCGCCGGCAACGACGGCAUCGUCAACGCCAAGCCCGGCCCGACGGCGGCGACGGCGACCAAGCCGGGAUGGCAGCGCCGGGUCAAGGAGGUGCUCGGGUUCUUGCGCUUCACCAAGAUCGAUUAACCUCUGGAACUAAGGCAUGCAGCUCAACUGGCUACAUGCUGAUGUAUACGUGCUCACAAAAAAUUGUAAGAGGCACACAUUAGCAAUUCACGUUUAUCUACAGGUUUCUUUCUAGUUUUUUCUAAAAAAAAAAGAAGAAGAAGAGGUAUAGUGCUACAAUUUUGGUGUUGUAAAUCUUUCAGUCAAGUCUAGUGUCUUCUGUAAUUAAUGAGCGGAAGUUGUUGGUUGUUGAGCA